CUAACGUUUUCCGAGAUGACAGUUCGGCCCUCUCUAGGGUGCCGUGGGGUCCCCGGAUUUGUGUGAUCCUUAGUCCUCCACUUUCUCGCUACCCCGCGUUCUCUAAUAUUGCCAUCCAGAGACCCAUAAGACUAGAUAUGGUUUUUCUAUAGCAGAUACAGAAGGUGCGAUUGGAUUUUAUCUUGUGUUAUUUUCUAUGUACUAGACUUAGGCUCUCUUACUUCAUCAUUUCCCAUCAUGGCAUCAACAUCUAAAAAAGUUGCUAUUGUGACUGGCGCCGCCUCAGGCAUGGGGGAAGCCCUCGCAACUCAUUUCGCUACCAGAGGAUGGAACGUCGCAUGUGUAGAUGUGCAGAGAGAAGCCGGCGAGAAGCUCGCGGCCUCCCUCGGUGACAAUUCGGCAUUCUUCUACGCUAACGUUGCGGACUACGAAUCUCAAGCUACUGUAUUCCAAGCCGUGUACAACAAAUGGGGUCGCAUUGACGCACUACUCGCUAAUGCUGGCAUCGUUGACAAGAGCUCUAUUUACAUCCUCGACUGGAGAGGCAAGGAAGGCAUUCCACCAGCACCAAAUCUCCUCUGCACAGAUGUCGACUACAAGGGCGUCGUCUACGGCACUCAACUCGCCAUCCACUUUAUGCGCAAGAACCCUACCCCAGGCGGCCGCAUCAUCGCCACCGCCUCGGUCGCAGGCGUGUACCAGCACCCAACGUAUCCAGAGUACAAUGGAGCAAAAGCUGCAGUUAUCAACUUCAUCCGGGGCAUUGCCCCUGUGCUGAAGCUGAAAGAGAAUAUCCAUAUCAAUACCGUUCUUCCAGGUAUCGUGCCCACCAAAAUCAUCCCUCAGGCGAUGCUAGAUGCGGUCGCACCUGAGCAUUUGACGCCCGUGAGCACGAUUGUUGCUGCUUAUGAGGAUCUUCUGAGGGAGGAUAAUGAGUUGAAUGGGGAGGCGGUGGAGUGCUCGGUCGAGGAGCGAAUUGUAGUCCCGCAGACAGAAUUCGUAAAUGGGGCGGCGAGUAAGAGGGCAAUUACAGCUUGGGAGCCGCUGUUCAAGGCGUUUCAUGGGGAAGUGUCUGGGUUAGAAGAUGCAAUUCCUUGAGCAAGGGGUUGAGUAUCCCAAAUUCAUUAGAGAGCAUACAUUUUUUCAUGGUUGGAUAUUUUAAUUCUAUUUUUGAUACCUGUUCAAGGAGGUAGUUAUAAUG